CUCUGGGGUGGCAGACUGCUGCACUGUGCCACAGAUUCCUGUAGGCGCCCUCCUCGCCAUGCGCUCUCACCGGGUCGCAGCCUGACGCACUCGGGGAGGACGGUCCUCCGCUGUCACACAGCCGAGGGAGGGAGCGAGAGGGAGAGACAGAGCAACAGAGAGAGAGAGGGCAAACUUUGCGUGAUAGUGGCUGAGACGCUUUAACGGGCUCACCUUGGCCACCACCGAGCAUACCUUCGCUUAAAUUCCCAACAUCCGCUUUGUGAGGGACAGCGGCGAGGAUCCCCCUCAGGAGAGACGGGCUGCAUCCUCUGAAGCCGUUCAUGCCGGAUAAAGUUUACGAGCAGCGUGGUAGAGGAGAGGGGAUAAAGACGAGACUGCAUACCUUUCGAUAAACUUAUCGGGAAGUCGCUCGUCGCCGACAGCAAUGGGCACCUUGCGCGACCUCCAGUACGCGCUCCAGGAGAAGAUCGAGGAGCUGCGCCAAAGAGACGCGCUCAUCGACGAGCUGGAGCUGGAGCUCGACCAGAAGGACGAGCUCAUACAGAGACUACAGAACGAGCUGGACAAAUACCGCUCCGUGAUCAAACCGGCAACCCAGCAGGUCCAAAAGCAGAAUGAGCUGCACGAGCAGCAGCGGACGAAGAGGCAGGCAAUCUCGGCCGAACCGACUGCCUUCGACAUCCAGGAUCUUAGCCAUGUCACCCUACCUUUCUACCCCAAAAGCCCACAGUCCAAGGAUCUGAUCAAGGAGGCCAUCUUGGACAAUGACUUCAUGAAGAACCUGGAGCUGUCGCAGAUCCAAGAGAUCGUAGACUGCAUGUACCCUGUGGAGUAUGGAAAGGACAGCUGUAUCAUUAAGGAGGGCGACGUGGGCUCACUGGUCUACGUCAUGGAAGACGGGAAGGUGGAGGUGACGAAGGAGAGCCUGAAGCUCUGCACCAUGGGGCCGGGAAAGGUGUUCGGAGAGCUGGCUAUUCUCUACAACUGCACCAGGACUGCCACGGUCAAGACUCUAACAAAUGUGAAGCUGUGGGCCAUCGACCGACAGUGUUUUCAGACGAUCAUGAUGAGGACGGGUCUCAUCAAGCACACAGAAUACAUGGAGUUUCUGAAAAGCGUUCCCACAUUCCACGGCCUGCAGGAAGAUAUUCUGAGCAAGCUUGCCGAUGUCCUUGAGGAGACACAUUAUGGAGAUGGAGAGUACAUCAUCAGACAGGGGGCCAGAGGAGACACCUUCUUCAUCAUCAGUAAGGGAAAGGUUAAUGUGACCAGGGAAGACUUGCCCAAUGGAGAGCCCGUCUACCUGCGCAGCCUCGGAAAAGGCGACUGGUUCGGAGAGAAAGCACUGCAAGGGGAGGACAUCAGGACAGCCAACGUCAUUGCAGCAGAAGCAGUCACCUGUCUAGUCAUCGAUAGAGAUUCAUUCAAGCACCUGAUCGGAGGAUUGGAGGACGUGUCCAGUAAAGGUCACGAGGAUGCUGACGCCAAAGCCAAGUAUGAAGCGGAGAAUGCGUUCUUCUUCAAUCUCAACCUAGCUGACUUCAACAUCAUCGACACUCUGGGGGUUGGUGGCUUCGGUCGUGUCGAGCUGGUUCAGCUCAAGAGCGAUGAGAACAAAACCUUUGCCAUGAAGAUCUUGAAGAAGCGGCACAUUGUUGACACAAGACAGCAGGAGCACAUUCGUUCAGAGAAACUCAUCAUGCAGGAGGCCCACUCAGACUUCAUCGUUAGACUCUAUAGAACAUUCAAGGACAGCAAGUACCUCUACAUGUUGAUGGAAGCGUGUUUAGGAGGAGAGCUGUGGACCAUUCUUCGAGACCGGGGUUCAUUUGAGGACUCAACCACCAGGUUUUACACAGCAUGUGUGGUGGAGGCCUUCGCCUACCUGCAUUCCAAAGGAAUCAUCUACAGAGACCUCAAACCAGAGAACCUUAUAUUGGACCACAGGGGCUACGCCAAAUUGGUCGACUUUGGCUUUGCCAAGAAGAUCGGGUUUGGGAAGAAGACGUGGACCUUCUGUGGGACGCCGGAGUAUGUAGCACCAGAGAUCAUUCUGAACAAGGGCCAUGACAUCUCAGCCGACUACUGGUCUCUAGGAAUCCUCAUGUUUGAGCUCUUAACUGGCAGCCCUCCAUUCUCUGGCCCUGAUCCUAUGAAAACCUACAACAUCAUCCUGAGAGGCAUCGACAUGAUCGAAUUUCCAAAGAAAAUUACCAAAAAUGCUGCCAACCUAAUUAAAAAGCUAUGCAGGGAUAAUCCUUCUGAACGACUGGGAAACUUGAAAAAUGGUGUCAAAGACAUCCAAAAGCACAAAUGGUUUGAGGGCUUUAACUGGGAGGGUUUGAAGAAGGGGACAUUGACGCCUCCUAUUAUCCCUAACGUCACAUCGGCAGUCGACACAAGUAACUUCGACAGCUUCCCAGAGGACAACGAGGACCCGCCUCCUGAUGACAACUCCGGCUGGGACGUUGAUUUUUGAAGUCCUCCUCUCCCCCUUAAAACCAAAAGAAACUCUUCUUUUGUUGGCUUGGAGGCCACCUUGAAGACAUGGCUGUGUUGUAAAAAAAAAUAACUGCUUAAGAAGAAAGAGAGGAUAUGGAAAACAAGAUAAACGGAUGGAUGGCAAACUCUUUGGGUCACCGAUAUGCCUUUAUUUCACUGUGGCUCUGGAACAAGCAUUUAUAAUGGGACUGCUGUAGCACUUCUUCAGUGUCGUCUUACACUCGGCUCGAAAGGCAAAGGCAAAGAAAGUGCAGGGAUACACAUAUACACACACACAACACAACAGAGGCUGAUAAUGGAGCCAGUUUUCCCAUGUAACAGGGAAAGAUGUUUAGCGGGUGGAUGAAUGUUCGAUAGUCUGUCUAAGUUUCGGUUCUAGGAUAAAUAAGAGUGUAAAAAAUGUGAACUGCUCAAAAAGAGAGGAGGCUGAUGAUUGAUUUUUUUUUCUGUUUGUUUCUCCGCAAUAUUUGCUGAAAUGUUUGGAGGACUUUGCUGGGAGGAUGUAAGAUGUUACUGCAGUUGCUCCCUGUUUUUUGACACGCAGCUACUGGCUGCAGACUGCGAUACUUUCCAGAGAUCUACACACUACAGUUUGCAAGCGAAACUGGUAUCAAGUGCUCAAGACUAACCUGAAUGUCACUGAUUUUCUUCUUAUUUAACAUCCAUAUGGCAUACAGCAUGUAUGGUACGCAGUAUUUGAACUUACAUCCUCACACGUGAACACAAAAUCAAAUACUUAGUACACUUUGUAUGAGAUUAACCUACCUUGAAAAGCACAAGCACUGUGCAUUCAGUGGAAAGAGACGUGACUCUUAAAGUGCCCUGUUUAAAAUUUAAUGAAUCACACACCGACACACAUGAAAUGUCAGCGAGUAUUUCCAUGAAGCAAUGUGUCAUUACGCACUUAAGACCAUUAACUGAGAAAAUCAGCAGUUACAGAUAAUUUUAAGCUUCAGAAGAUGAAGUCACACUCUUUUUUUGUUCUUAAAUAAGCUUUUAAUCACGCAUAUGAAUGCUUCUCUACCUGAAUAUUUCUUCAUUUUGUUUUUUUAAAAUCACCCAAAUGCCUCGUCCUCUGUUCGCCCCUGUAUAGUUCUGAUAUGACUGUGAACUUGGUUUCAAUGUCUUUGGUGCUGUUAUUGAUAAAUUAUGUUAAGCGGUGGUGAGAUGACAGUACUGGUUAUUGUUUUUGUAAGGUGAUUUUUUUUUGUGCUUGAUUUCUUUGUACCGUACUUGACUUCCUUCUUUAGAAAAUUGGAGACUUGUGUCACUUUGUAAACUUGAGUGAAGAAUUUGAUAUCACUUGACGCCAUGUUGAAUUGUGCUGAUUGUGGUAUUGUCGAGGUUUUUUUUUCCAUCCAUACGAAUUAACCAUCCUCCUCUUCUUCUUCACAUUCACAAUAUCUUAAGAAAAUCUGAACUUCAUCUUUAAUGGAUAUUUUCUAAAUGUCUGGCAAAAGAGAAAAGCUCACAACUUUGACCACUACCGCCAUGAUCUCUCACCCAGCUCAUCACCUCUCACGUCCGAAAAUCAGAUCAUAAAAUCAGAAGAAGUGUAAGUGCCUUAAAUCAAUGGCAUACAAAAUUAUCAUCACAAGUCCUUUUCGAUGCUGCAUGAACACAUAUACACCUCAAAAAAAAAAAAAAAGUAUGUCCUCUUAGAUGGCUGCUUCUCAUCCUUUGUUAUAUCUAAUAAACACAUUAAUCACCACCGAGAGAGAACUUCUAGUCAUUUGAUGGCUGACAAAACUGCAUAUGAAACACAUUUCCUGGUUACCCCCCCUUUUUGAUUUAUCUCACAGGAACAUUUAUGAACACUGAAAUUGAUAAAAAUCUAUCAUACCCAACAUGGCUGCAAUGACAUGCUUCUCUCUACAUAUCUAAAACGCUUUUAUGAAGUCAACCACAACUGGCCUGAUAAGGUGAACGAUAAAUCACAGCUCAGAGGGAUCAUCCAUCACCUGUGUCCGUCGAGAAAUCUGAGCAUGUAGAGACAGCAGGAAUGAUUUGCAGUUUUGAUCAUUUCACAGAUUGGGAAACAAUAUUCCAUUGAUCAUAUUGACAGUCUUUGACGGUAUGAUAGCAUUAAUCAUAACGUAUCAUCAUCAUCCACAUUUUAUAAUAGCUCAACUCAUAUUUCAUCCCAGGAAGCCAAACAGACCAACAUUUAAAUGAUAUCAAUCACUGAAUGAUGUUGAUGGAGAGCUAAGAACGAGAUGAAAUCUUAGCUCUGCGGGCAUACCAUAAGUAUUUUGCUGUAUUAAGGGCAGGUUAUGUUUAUCACAAAGCCUUAUGUAUGCCAUCACUUUACAAACCACUGGUUUUGAGUCUUAUAUUGACCGCCUUCUGCAAUGUUACCUGAUAUUUGCCUUGUGUUCUGUUGUUUAUUCUGCUGUAAAUUAAUUUUGCAGAGUGCCACCUGUAAGAUUUUUAAAAUUAUAGAGUAAAAACAAUACUUUUGA